AAUUUUUAUAUUUUUAAUUAAAAUCACACACCGUUGGAUGAGCAUUUUAAUUUCGAUCUUACCAUCGUUGACUCUAACACCUCACAUAAUGUUGUUAUCUCACGCGCCACCACCACCUUUUCUUCUCACCACAUUACUCCAUUAUCAUCAUCGUCACUGUUCUCGCGCUUUAUCAUCAAUUCCUCUUUUCUCAAAACCCCUUUCCGUCACAAACCAUUCGUUAUUGCAUUCUCGCCGGAGCUCAAUCCUCACAAUGAACGGAGCAACCAUCGCCACACACUCCUCCUCUACUUCCUCGCCGGAGCACGUCACCGGCGACUGGUUUUCCGUGCCUUCGCUCCGCCUUCGUAACCACACGUUCACUGUUCCCCUCGAUUACUCCCGGGGACUACACUCUUCUUACAAGAUCACCGUUUUUGCUCGUGAAGUCGUUGCAGUUGGAAAAGAAGAGCAAACAUUGCCAUAUUUACUAUUUUUGCAAGGUGGGCCUGGGUUUGAGUGCCGUCCUCCAACUGAAUCUAGUGGGUGGAUUCAGAAAGUUACUGAACAGUUCCGUCUCAUCUUAAUGGAUCAGCGAGGAACAGGCUUAUCAACUCCUUUGUCUGUGUCAUCAAUGUUACAAUUCAAGUCUGCAGAUGACUUAGCUGACUUCUUGAAAUACUUUCGAGCUGAUAGUAUAGUAAAUGAUGCAGAGUUUAUUCGAGUUCGCCUUGUUCCAAAUGCUGGACCUUGGACCAUUUUGGGACAGAGUUACGGUGGAUUUUGUGCAGUCACAUAUUUGAGUUUUGCACCACAAGGACUGACGCAAGCCCUUCUGACCGGUGGAAUUCCUCCAAUAGGACAUGGAUGCACUGCAGAUUCGGUAUACAGAGCAUGCUUUGAGCAAAUUAUGCAUCAAAAUGAGAAGUACUACAAAAGAUACCCUCAGGAUAUCAAAAUUGUUCAAGAACUUGUUAACUAUUUAGCUGAACAAGAAGGGGGAGGGGUGGCCCUUCCUUCUGGGGGCAUCUUAACCCCAAGAGGGCUGCAGACUCUUGGUCUCUCCGGCUUAGGAUCUGGAACUGGUUUUGAGAGCAUGCACUAUAUGUUUGAGAGAGUGUGGGAUCCUACUUUAGUUCCGGGAUCACCUAAAAGAAUAAGUCACUACUUCCUAAGUUCUUUUGAAAACUCGAUAACUGUUGAUACUAAUCCACUGUAUGCUCUUCUACAUGAAUCCAUCUAUUGUCAGGGUUCUCCUAGUAGAUGGUCUGCCAGUAGAAUAAGGACCGAAGUUGAAGACAAAUUUGAUGCAAUUAAAGCAGCUAGAGAAGGACUCCCUGUACUUUUUACAGGAGAGAUGAUUUUCCCAUGGAUGUUUGAUGAGAUCCAUGCCUUGAAGCCAUUCAAAGAUGUAGCUCAUAUAUUGUCGGAGAAGAAGGAUUGGCCCCGACUAUAUGACAUUCAAGCUCUGAAUAACAACAAGGUACCUGUUGCAGCUGCCGUUUACUAUGAAGACAUGUACGUAAACUUUAAGCUGUCGAAGGAAACAGCUUCUCAAAUAGCAGGGAUCAGACUAUGGAUAACGAACGAGUUCAUGCACUCUGGCUUGCGUGAUGACGGGAUCAAAGUUCUUGAUCAUUUGUUGGGGAUGUUAAAUGGGAAGAAACCUCUAUUUUGAUCACCAUUGCAGCUUUGGUUUCUCUCCCACCAAUGAAUAUUUGAACAUUUUAUUUUCUUCUGAAUUUCUAGAAUUCAGCUCUUCAAAUUAAACUGUAAGAAACUACUUAUAUUUGCUGAAAUAAUGUCAGGUUAGCAUUAUUGUAAAUUAUUUAUAAUUUUUGGUGUACUUUUUUUGGAGGAAAUAAAAUAUUUGAAGAGUUUAA